AGUCGAGUACACACUAGAAAAAUUACGUUGAUUACUCAUUUCAGCGUGUGCCGAUAAAAACGAAAGAAGGCCGCGACGAGUCGUGUGUGCGCGCUUUUUUUUUGUUGUUGUUAAAUUGUUGUAAUUGCCGCUUGGCGAACUAAUGGUGCUUAUUAGAUGGGGGUGUGGGCGGUACGGCAGAUAACGCAUUGACACACGCAAUUAAAGCGGAAAACACGGGAAUGUUUCUGAAAGUUUUCCGUUAUUGGUAUGGAGGUCAAGACAGAACUAACAGAACAUGAGAAUGGACAAUCAUUUUCCGAAGAGUCAAACAUGGCUCUCGUCAUAUUAUCUGAAAAUGUACACGUUGUACAGACAUUAACUCGACAUACAAGUGAUGUAACAUGCUGUGAUUUUGCACCAAAUUUUACACUAAUUACCGGAUCAAGCGAUAAGACAGUUAGAGUGUGGAAAUGGGUUCCACAGUCUGGUUACGAGGAGAAUUCAUAUUCUCCUCUAAGAGGCCACAAGUACGGCGUAACCUGUGUGAGAGUUUCCCCUCAAGGUUCCAUGCUGGUUUCGACCUCUAUCGAUGGUACUGCGGUUUUAUGGAAUUUACAUGCCGGUACCAAGAUUCACACGAUGGUUCAAAUGAAUGGAGAUGCAAUAAGGGUCUGUAGAUUCGCGCCUGAUAGCUCUGUACUUGUGACCGCUGGUGAUAAUGGUGCUAUUUGCAUUUGGGACUUAGUACAUCGAAGUUUAACAAGAACAAUUUUUCAUCACGAAGGAACAACGCAAGCGUUAGCCUUUACCCCCGAUAGCCAGUAUUUAAUAAGUGCCUGUUCUUUAGAAGUAAUAAGCGUUUGGAGUAUGCAGGAUAUUCUUGAAACGGCUGGCGAAGAUUCGUGUUCAUCCUUGGCUGUGAUUGACAAUGCUCAUGACUUAGGAAUUCUUUGCAUGGAUAUCUCACCUGUGAUUUUAAACAAUGAAGAAGACCCUCUAGUUAAGCAGUACACAUUAGCCACAAGCGGCAAUAGUCACGAUAUUAAAAUGUGGACAGUAUUGACACGUGUCAAGCCAAAGUACUGCUCCUCACAAAAUCUGGUUUCCGUCGAGAAUACCAACUCACUAAUUGGACAUAAAUCUGCUGUCACUUGCAUAAAGUAUCACUCCACCGGAGCGUACCUUAUUUCGUGUGGCCUUGAUAAGUACAUCAAAAUUUGGGAUCACAACGGAGGAUGUAUCACCACAAUGAAAACUCACACUCGAUAUGUCAACUGUGUGUCGUUCUCAAGGGACGGUGGACUAGCCGUUUCGGGUAUAGUUACACCUGUUGCACCUCAUCUCGGUUUCAUUCUUUUCUUUACAGGAUCAAACGACAAAACUGUCAUAGUUUGGGGAUUGACGGAAGACAUCUCUGUCGAUUCCAAACUGGUUAAGCCCUUUGCGCUUUUGGCGAACGCGCUUAAUAAUCUACAAGAAAUGCAAGUCGUCAAAAACGCGGAAAGUUCCGAGACGUUCGAGUUGGUGGAAAAAAUAGACGACAUUUUCGAAAGUGCCAUUAACUCUUGUCAUUUUUAUGGCAAUCACCUACUGGCCGUCGGAUCGAGUGAUAAGCUAGUUAAACUGUUUAAAGUUGAUGAAAAUAACGCCAUAGAAGAGACGGAUUCUUCGCCAUUAGACGGACAUAGUUAUUCGGUGAAUCAUGUCGAGUUUUCAAAGGACGGAAGCCGUCUGGCGACUUGUUCCUUGGACGGUUGUACCAUCAUAUGGGAUCCAAAUACAGGUGAAAAAACGAUGGAACUCGUAGAAAGCAGUCUGGCGAUUAGAAAUUGCAGAUUCUCCCCAGACGGAAAGCACUUAAUCACGUCGGGAGAUGACGAAAACGCGAAUACGUGGGAUCUUGAAACGGGAGAAUUAAUUGCAACCUUUGAGGGGCAUUCAGACGCGGUCACGUCCGGAUGUUUUUCACCGGAUGGAAAAAUUAUAGCGACCACUUGCCAUAAUUCGGAUUUUCGCUUGUGGACUGUCGAGGCGGUCAAUAUUCACAUUCAAGACGACGCACACGAUUUGGGUAUACAAAAUUCGGAUUUUUCGGAGAAUUUGGAGCCGAUUCCUCUUCUCACAAUGAAUAAUAAGCAGCAUUAUCUAUUGGCCACAUGCGGCAAUGACAGUUUGGUGAAACUGUGGAGAAUUUGCAUACCGAAGGAGGAUGACGAAUAUGCGUUUUCAAAUGUAGAAGUGAAGCUGUGGCGUACCCUGCAAGGGCACGGAGGAAGUGUUACGUGUGUUCGAUUAUCACCGGAAUCUGGAGAAAUCGCUUGUUCAACAGCGACAGACAGGCAGGCGCGGCUGUGGUCGGUGUACAGUGCAGAAUGCCUACAUGUCUUAGAUCACGAUUCUAUCGUUACUUCAUGCUCCUUCACGUAUGACACUUCUCUACUCGCCAUCGGUUGCUUAGAUAAAACUCUAUGGAUCUGGAAGUUACCUCAACAAUUAGUGGUGCGAUCGAUGUUGCUCAAUAAAGUAACGGCGUACAGACGAAAGCUUAUAGUCAAUUGGAGUACCGAAGACGUCCUCAAAUGGUUGCAUGAAAUCGAGUUUACCAGCAUAGUACCAAAUGUCAUCAACCUCGCUUUGAAUGGGCAGAAAAUUUUGACGCUUGAAGUGGAACAAAUUUGUUCCGGAAUGGGUUUAGGUAAGUACAAGACAAUUUAGAGCGAAGACCAGUGGCCAUUUCUGUAUUCUACAUUACUGCGUUUGUAUUUCUACCAUUAUAGUAUUCGCACGAGAGGAUUUCGAAAUUAAAAUCUGUUUAACUGGGUUGCUAGGUUUUGCUGUGGUAAUUACUGCCGGUUAAAUUUUGGAAAAUCUCUAUUAGUGCAGUUAGAGGCAAAAAGAGGGGUUUUUUUUAGUUGUUGGCACAUACUCGAACUUCACGCACAUCCCGUGUGGCGAGACAAAAAGAUUCCCUCCCUUCAGAAUAUUCAGCAGAAUUGAAUCUCUUCCCUACUUCAAGUUAUAUAUUACAAAUUCACAACCCCUCAGAGUCCCUCCCACUAACCGCAUUGUAUAUACUUGGGUUGCCAUAGUUAAUAAAUCGCAAGUCUAACGGCAUUUAAUGAGCCAUUUUGGAAACGUGCGUUUAUAAGGGUAAAAAUGUCUGCUGAAUCCGAAUUCGGAUGUUGCCAAGCUGA